AAAGAAGAGAGAGGAGGACCUGGGGGGCACAGGGCGGGUGGCAAUAAGAUGGCCUGAUGGUACGUGUGUAUGAAACAGGCCACAUUAGGCAGGGGCGUCCUGAGAGUGUGACAGUGACCUUGUUGCUAAGUGCAAAAGCAAGACAGUGCCUGAAAACAAGUACACGAGGCACUGAGGAGGAGCAGGAUGGAGGCCGACGCUGCAGGACGGAAGCCGCUGGGAGGGGCCUUUGAUUCCACAGGCGCAAAAUCCGCAGCCAGGAAUUUGCUGCCGCCUCUGAGCCAGGCUGGGGGUGGGGGUGCGCAGUCCCAGUCCGGCUAGGAGAGAUGCCCAGGGCAUUUGGCCCGCGAGGCACAUUUCUGAUUGGGGCCAGUGUGGACAGACAGACCCAGCGCCCUUGUUUGCUGGGCCCGGCCGUUGAGUUGGGAUGGCGUUCACGGAGCAUCCGCUGCCCCCUCCUCACCGCCGGGACCUGUGUAGCCGCUCCAUCUGGCUAGCACGGAAGAUCCGUUCAGACCUGACUGCUCUGGUGGACUCUUACAUGAAGCAUCAGGGUCUGAACGGGAACGUGAGCCUGGACUCUCUGGAAGGUGUGCCGACGGCCAGCUCCAGCAGAUGGAGCGAGCUGACUGAGGCGGAGCGGCUCCAGGAGAACCUCCAGGCCUACCGCGCCUUCCACGGGAUGUUGGCCCGGCUGUUGGAGGACCAGCGGGCACACUUCACCCCGGCUGAAGACGACUUCCACCAGGCGAUACACACCAUCCUCCUCCAGGUGGCGGCCUUCGUGUACCAGCUGGAAGAGUUGAUGGCGCUGCUGGGGCACAGGGUGCCCCCCAGGGAGGCCGGCGGGCCGCCCCUUCUCACUGGGGAUGCUGGUCUCUUUGAGAAGAAGCUGUGGGGCCUAAAGGUGCUGCAAGAGCUUUCUCGGUGGACGGUGAGGUCCGUGCAUGACCUGCGGACCAUCUCUCGGCAAAGUGGGGUCCCCGCACGUGGGAGCCAUCGCGCGACCGAGGACAAGAAGAUGUGACUGCGCCCCCUCUCACUGGCUUUCUCUCCUGAUGGAAGAGACACUGUUCUCUGAGGCCUCAGUUACCCAGUCUUAACUUUGAAAUCCUCUAAAACCACAGCCAUCUUCACAGGGUUAGAGACACGGACAGAUGGGCAUGCAGGUUUAUUCUGGGGUGAGUGUGAGUGUGUGUGUGUGCAUGUGCCAUAAACGAAUGGUGGGCACACAGGUUUAUUCUGGGGUGAGUGUGAGUGUGUGUGUGUGCACGUGCAUGCCAUAAAGGAAUGAUGGGCAUGCAGGUUUAUUCUGGGGUGUGUGUGUGUGUGUGUGUGCAUGUGCAUGCCAUAAAGGAAUGGUGGGCAUACAGGUUUAUUCUGGGGUGAGUGUGUGUGUGUGUGUGUGUGUGCGCGCGCAUGUGUGCACGUGCCAUAAAGGAAUGAUGGGCAUGCAGGUUUAUUCUGGGGUGAGUGUGAGU